CGCUAUCAACCAGAUGUGAUUGUGUUCUGUACGUUUCGAAUCAUGUCAAAAAAAGUUGAUUACUAGGUAAGGUAUCAUAAAAAAAUAUAACCGGUUUAAAACGUGUUUGAUAAAUCAUUGUUAAUCGUGCAACUGAUAAAAAAUAAGACUGUUGGCGUUGCUCCUAGAAAAGCUCCGAGGCAAGUGAAAUAACAAAAAAACAUGAGUCAACUAUUCCUAGCAUAAAAAGGGAUUUCUGAACUUGACAAAGAAUGUCUUACUGGCAGUUUUCCUGGACGGAUGUGUGCCCCUCGGGAGUGCGCCCAUGGGUGAAAGAUUACAACGAGUUGGCCCCGUGCUUCCAGGAGAUUUGCUUGCAACUUCCGAUUCUGGUGUUGUUCGCUGUGCUGUCCUCUUUCUACUACGGAUGCCGUUUUCGACGGGUGCUUCGAAAUGCAACUCAAAUGAGGGCCCUCCGGUUGCGAAUUGUAGCAUCCUUCGGUUUGGGUCUCGUUCCUGUGCUGAAGCUGUUUUAUAUGAUACGGAUCAAUGGACAAAUUUAUCCCAUCGACGUGCUGCUGGCAUGUGUUCAGUUUGUGGCUUGGACGGUUCACAUCGGCUUUCUGUCCAGUUGGAUUGGGCGGGGUUCGUUGAGCCACCGAGGACCGCUCUGGAUGAUUGUGCUGUGGACCUCGCUGCUAGCUUUGUCGGGCAUAUGGGUUCAUACAAAUUUCCGAUCGGAAUACUGGAUUUGGUAUGUGAGUGAUUUUAGCUUGUUCGUGGUUUACGGAGGCACUUUGAUUGCCUCGGGCAAUGCUCAUUAUGUGCGCGAACAGAGAACGGUUGACCAGGAACGCGAGGCAUUGCUGUCGCGAACCUAUACGCGUUUUCUAGACGAUAUCGAUGAAUCGGCGUUGGGACCGAUUGAGGAUGAUGCUAACUUUCUAUCGAGACUAGUUUUCCAGUGGGUAAAACCACUGAUUGUGAAAGGGGUGGCCGGAAAGUUGCGAAAGAAUGACGAUCUGUUCGAUCUACCGGAAUGUCUGAACAUGAACCAGAUUGUGGAGAAACUUCAGAAACAGUUGAGUGCUGCUCAUUCGCUGUUUAAAGCUCUUCACAAAUGUUUCGGAUGGGAAUUUUACUCGAUUGGCUUGCUGCGAUUGUUGGCAGAUCUUUCGGGCUUUGCUGGACCGGUGCUGCUAGGAGGUUUACUACGUAGUGAAAAUUUCAUCAAUGGAACACUUCCAUCGGAUGACUGUCGGCAGAAUUGCAACAUAACAGACAUGCGAGCAUAUUAUUAUGCUUUCGGACUUAUGUGGGCUACGCUGAUAAGCUGCUUUGCCGGUGUGCAUUUCAAUUGGCGAAUGACACUGGUGAGUACGAAAAUGCGCAUGAGUUUGGUUACGGCCAUCUACCGGAAAUCAUUGACCGCCAAGGGACUCCGCAAUGCUCGUCCCGAUAUUCUCAAUCUAAUGUCAACCGAUACCGAUCGAAUUGUGAACUCGUGCAUUAGCUUCCACUCGAUGUGGAGUAUUCCGUUUCAAUUGUUUACCACCCUCUACCUGUUGUACACCCAGCUGGGGCUAGCAUUUCUGGCCGGUGUGGCUUUUGCCAUUCUCUUGAUCCCCAUCAAUCGGCAGAUAGCGUUAAAAAUCGGUCAGCUCUCGCAAGGUCUGAUGACGGCCAAGGACGGACGUAUUUCCGUUACGACGGAAACAAUCACCGGUGCGAAGCACAUCAAACUGAACGCCUGGGAGGAUGUGUUUAUUGGGAAAAUUGAACAGAUUCGUCGGGAGGAGGUUGGUUUUCUGUCUCGACGCAAGUAUCUGGAUGCGCUGUGUGUGUAUUUCUGGGCUACCACACCGGUGCUGAUGUGUUUGCUGACGUUCGGCACUUCGGUGCUGCUCGGAAGCACACUCACGGCUGCCACCACCUACACCAGCGUGGCGUUGCUGAACAUGUUAAUCGGACCGCUGAACGCUUUUCCGUGGGUACUGAAUGGACUAACCGAGGCAUGGGUCUCGUUGAAGCGCGUUCAGGAGUUGAUUGAUCUCCCAAACAUUGACUUGACUGAGUACUACAAACCACUUCAUCAGAUGGACAUUGCAUUUUCCGGGUCCUCGCCUCGACCUGUGGUAAUUGCAAUCAAAGAUGGUUAUUUCGAGUUCGAAACGCAACGCAGUCGUAAAGAGUUAAAUCUGGUUCAAGAGGACAUCAUUGAUUUUCGGUUCCUGAAUUUAAAUCUACAGAUUCGACGAGGUGAACUGAUUUGCCUGGAGGGACCGGUCGGGGGAGGAAAAACCUCUCUGCUGGAAGUGAUACUGGCGAACUUCAAGUGCACUCAAGGAAUCGUAGCACUGGAAAAUGUUGACGAGGGGUUUGGAUAUGUUGCGCAAUCGGCUUGGCUUCAGCGGGGAACGAUUCGGGAAAAUAUUCUGUGGGGUGAAAUGUACGAUGAUGUUCGGUACAAGGCAGUCAUUCAUGCGUGUGCUUUGAACUAUGACUUGAACGUGCUGAAAGGAGACAGUAUGGGAGUGGGCGAGCAGGGGCGAACUCUGUCCGGAGGGCAAAGAGCCCGAAUAGCUUUCGCGAGAGCAAUUUAUCAAAACAAAGAUGUUUAUCUGUUGGACGAUAUUCUGUCGGCUCUUGAUGCCCAUGUGGCAUCGCAUAUAGUGCGACAUUGUAUUUUUGGAUUGCUUAAAUCCAAAACACGUAUCAUCGUGACUCAACAUCCAACGGUGCUGACUCGAGCCAAUCAAAUUCUUCACAUCGAAAAAGGAGUCGUAAGUCAAAGCGAUAUUUCCAGCUCCGCUUCGAUGAUGAGCGAGUGUGACGAGGAGGGAGAUGAUUCGUCGCACACUUUGGACAUCGAUUACGAACCGCAGUCUCCGAACAAAGCGGACGAUAGCCGAAGUGUGGACAGUGUGAUGGCCGAGGAAACGAGAGAGUUCGGUCAUCUCGAUAGAAAGGUGUUGAGUGCCUAUUGGCGUGCGAUGGGACGGUCACUUGGUUUUUGGGUUAUCUUUCUGGUUCUACUGAUGCAAGUGUCACGCAAUUUGACCGACGCCUGGCUAGCCUAUUGGGUGGGCACAUCAUCGACUGGAAUUACGCCACCCGGCAAUGGCACCGAAAUGCUACAACAAAACCAAGACCAGGAGGACACUCUGUGGAGUAGUGAUUAUUUUCGGAGCUUAGUGGCGAUGGCACAAGAUUUCCUCGGUUCUCUCACCAAGGGUGUCAAUCAUCAAUCGGAACUUUCCGCAGAACUACAACAGGAAGCUCUGCUAGAAACCGUAGAUAACAAAACGCUCACUCUCUACUAUCUAGGAAUUUAUAGUGGCCUGGCAGUUGGAAACUCGCUGAUUACCUUCGGACGGGCGUUUUUGUUUGCCUACGCCGGAAUCAAGGCCGCAAAGUGCAUUCAUGAUAAACUUCUGAAAAGCGUCAUUUAUACCAAAUUUGAAUUCUUCGACGUGGUCCCGUUGGGUCGCAUCCUGAAUCGUUUCUCGUCCGAUGUCUACACAAUCGAUGACUCGUUGCCGUUCAUCACCAACAUUUUGCUGGCACAGUUUUUCGGUUUGCUCGGUGCCCUCGCCAUCAGCCUGUACGCCAUGCCAUGGCUUGGGCUGUUGGUUAUUCCUCUGUGUCCGAUCUAUCUGACACUGCAGAAUCAGUACCGGUACGCUUCCCGGGACAUCAAACGACUGUCGAGCAAUGCACUGUCUCCGCUUUAUGCGCACUUCACCGAAACGCUGCAGGGAAUGACCACGAUUAGGGCGAUGCGGGGUGAGGCUCGUUUCAAGCGAGAUUUCAUUUUCAAGCUGGGUGAAAGCAUCAAAGUGCAACUGUCGGCUUCGGCUGCUCAGCAGUGGUUGGGCCUUCGGCUUCAACUGCUUGGUGCGGUCCUCGUGGGUGGUGCCGGUUUACUAGCUGCCAUCACAUCGGCACAUUUAACGUCCCCGGAAAUGGUUGGUUUGGCCAUCUCCUAUGCACUUUCGAUCACCGGAUUGUUAUCUGGUCUGUUGAAUGCUGUUUCCGAGACUGAGCAAGAGUUCGUGGCGGUCGAAAGGAUCAAUCAGUACUGUGAACUGGAACGCGAGGUAAAUGCCGACGGAACGGCCGAUCCGCCGUUCGGUUGGCCAUAUCAGGGUGUUGUGAUGUUUGACAAAGUAUUUCUAAGAUACCGUGAACACUUGCCUCAUGUCUUAAAUGGGAUUUCCAUGCACAUCUCUUCAUGCGAGAGAAUUGGUCUAGUUGGCAGAACGGGUGCAGGUAAGACUUCUAUUUUAGCUUCCAUGUUACGUGUCGUGCCACUUGCCCAAGGAACGGUAACGAUUGACAACAUGAAUAUAGCCACUUUACCGUUGGAUGUAGUCAGAAGUCGAAUAGCCAUUGUUUCCCAAGAUCCGUUCCUAUUCAAAGGUAGCAUUCGAGAAAAUCUUGAUCCACGGAAUCUUCAUUUAGAUUCCGAAAUUUGGGAAGCCAUCACUCGAUGUCUGGCGAGCCCGUUGGUUCAGGCACUGGGUGGUUUAGAUGCCAAAUUGGAUCCCAGUGGAUCCAACUUAUCCGCUGGCCAGAAGCAACUACUUUGCCUUACAAGAGCUUUGUUGAAGAAAUCCAAAAUCGUACUGAUUGACGAAGGUACGGCAAACCUAGACUAUGAAUCGGAAUCGGCCAUUCAGCUGGUACUGAAAAAUGCUUUCCGUGGUCGGACUGUGAUAUUGAUUGCUCACCGCCUGAAUGGGUUACAAAAUACCGACCGGAUCGUUGUGAUGAGUGAUGGAGAAAUUGCGGAACAAGGAGCCCCGAGAGAGCUGGCCCAAAACUCCGAAACACUGUUCUAUUCGAUGCUGCAAGAGCAACAUAACACCGAUUUUGCCAAGAGAUAGACUUAACCGACUUAUGUUUGCCACCUUUGAUCUACUACUAGUCCUUUAGAAAAGUUUGUGGCUCUAUUUUAACACCUCACGAGGUUCCAUAACUAAAAACCUUAAGAGAAAAAAACACUAUUAUUUCUUAAUUAAUAACGUUUAUUCUUAUAUGUAGCAGAUAUUUUUUAAAUAGACUGUUUAAGUAAGCGUUGGAAUAUGAAGAAAAACGAAAAGAUCGAUGCAACUUCGAUCACUCAGUA